UCUAGAACACCAAUUAAUGAAAGGCCGCCCUCUGUUGUCAAUUUAAAUUGCGCAAGCGGGAAUUACAUUACUCAUCGUGUGCAAUUUUGACAGGUCUUCUAAAACAAAAGUAUCCGUUGUUUAUCACAUUCAUCAUGGCCGAUGUCAAGACGGAAGAAGCACCUCACAGUCCUGAAAUCCACUUUGAGCCGAUUGUCAGACUAGAGAGCGUCGAGACAAAAACAUUGGAAGAAGAUGAAGAGGAAAUUUUUAAAAUGAGGAGUAAGCUGUUCCGAUACGACACCAGCAGUGACCCACCAGAGUGGAAGGAACGGGGUGUAGGCGAUGUGAAAAUCCUCAAACACAAAGGAGCUCAGCCCAGGGCAAGGAUUCUGAUGCGGAGAGACAAGACGCUCAAGAUAUGUGCUAAUCAUUUUAUUACACCCUUCAUGAAGUUACAACCCAACUGUGGCAGUGAGCGUGCCUGGGUGUGGUCAACUCCAGCAGACUUCGCUGAUGAAGAGGCUAAAGGGGAAACAUUAGCAAUACGCUUUGCAAAUGUUGAGAAUGCGCAAAAGUUCAAGGACAAGUUUGAGGAAUGCCAACGAAUGAUUUCAGAGCAAGAGAAAAAAGACAACGAGAAGCCAGAGUCCACCGAUAAACCAGCUGAAGAAAACGGGGAGAAACCAGCUGAAGAGAACGAGGAGAAACCACCAGCGGAAACGUCCGAGGAGAAAUCGGCCGAUGAAAUCGCUGAGAAGCUGGGCGAGAUGACGGUGAAGGAGGGGGAACCGGCCGAGGGCGGGGACAGGGAGACAACAAAGGAGGCGGAAGACAACAAAAAGACGGAAGACAAAACAGAGGUGCAGCAGGAUGCAAAGGACAGUAAAGUGAAAUCUGAGAAUGAACAAUCGGAUGCCAAGAAGGAUUGAUGCUGAUCUCCUGCCACCCUGUUUUUGUGAUGUUCUGUUGAGGGAGUCGUCGGGGUGGGGAUGGGGGGUUGGUAAAGAGUGACUCCUAACCUUACUCUUUUCAUCUUUUCCUGAUGAGUUCUCCUAAGAUUCCUUAAUGUUAGGCUCAUUUGAAGCAAAUGAACAAGUUGCACAUGACAGUUUAUUAAACAUCAACAAGUAGAACAGCCGUCCUGAAAACUGCCGUCGAUUUUGGGUUGGAUCUUCCACGAAAUUACCAGCCGUGAUGAAAUUACCAGCUGUGAGAAUGAGAAUUAGUACGAAUCUAACCAGUCUUCAUAUAACCCAAGUCAGUGGUGUGAGUCCGAUUAUCACAAAAUGAGAUGUAUUUCUGGAUUUUACAGGACAAAAGCUUUCCAAUGGUAUGAUAAUAUAACAUACAUGUAACUCUUGACGGGCGUUUGGAGGACAGUAAAAUGAAGUCAAUCUGGAGUCUUUUGGUCUUUGUUUUUUUCCGAAAAUGGAGCUAAGCAACAAAUAAAUUUCAUAAGAAGUAAGGUCGGUAGAUUUCUAACAAAACUAAUGAAAAAGAGGAAUGGUACAGAUGGUCUUAUAGAAAAGGUUUCAACAAGAAAAACAAAUAAACUUCACUUUUCAAUGUCGGCUAGGUCCGAAUAUAAUGCGAAUGGAAAGUUUGUGACUUAAAGCUCAUUACAUGAAGACAGGUCUCAUGUUGUAGCCAUUGGGUCAUGUACGAUGUGGAAAAGUUGCAGGGACUAAUGUCAAAACUUUGUAAGGUGCGUAAUUGUUGAUAUAUGUAGAUUUAUCAAAAACAACUACAUGUACAUUGUAAAAUUCACUCACUGGCUGAGCAGGUCAAACCACGUGAAUGUUUAAAACAGCACAUUCAAAGUAAUGUUAACAUGUUUGAGGUCAUGAAUGUCAUUUCUACAUUUAGUUUGUUCGUACAUCACAAUUGUGACCUCGCAUUCUAAUAUAUAACUGUGCAUGUAUGUAUACAUGAAUGUUUCAGUUAAUGGGAGCUGGGUUUUGAUUUGCUAAUAGUAAUGAUUCAGGCCAAUCACAGUUUGUGAAUGAAGAAGUGUAGGAUUGCACAUGGCAUUUGCAGAUAUAUUCCAUAAACACCCCUCGUUACAAAUAUUGUUGAAAUGACUCUUGCGAAUCAGCAUUUGUGGCGUUUGACUGUAUCAAAAGUUGGCUGGAAUAUUUUGCCUUUUUACAAA